AUGGCUUUUCGACGGGUUUUCUCCCAGCCUUCGAGCCGUACUCUAUUGUCGUCACUGUCGACAUGUGGUGCUGGAGGCAGCCUAGCCCCUUCAUUGAAACCAUGCUUCAAUGCCCGCGCCUCCUCAAGCUCGACAUCCGCACUCGCCUACAAAGCUCUGCAUCGUCGGUCUCCGCUCCCUCUCCCAGUAGCCGAUAGCCCGACCUGGUCUGCUCCUGCUGCAGUCUCAUCAAUCCUCUAUGAGACGCCAGUACCCUCGACCAAACCUCCAAAACGCCAUGUGCUGAAUUGCCUGGUACAAAAUGAACCAGGCGUUCUCUCCCGGAUCUCCGGAAUUCUUGCGGCUCGGGGUUUCAACAUCGACAGCCUCGUUGUCUGCAAUACGGAAGUAGAAGACUUAUCACGGAUGACGAUUGUCCUUCGCGGAUUGGAUGGUGUGGUCGAGCAGGCCCGCCGCCAGCUGGAUGACCUUGUCCCAGUCUGGGCAGUUCUUGAUUAUACCGAUUCUGCCCUGGUACAACGCGAGCUCCUUCUUGCGAAAGUUAGUAUUCUGGGGCCUGAGGUGUUCGAAGAGCUUCUCCAGCACCAUCGUGAAAUUACAACGCCCGAAAACGAGGAAGUAUCUAGCUCAGCGGAACAACAGAAAAAUUCGACCCAGAGCGGGGCGGGAACGUUCAAAGGCAGCCAGCAUGCCAGUAACUACCACCCCAGCGGACUAGCUCAUAGCCAGGCACUUCGUCACAAACACGAACAUUUGAAGGCUAUUACCCACCUGACUCAACAAUUCGGUGGGAAGGUUUUGGAUAUCAGCACUAACAACUGCAUUGUAGAACUGUCCGCGAAGCCAAAUCGAAUCGACUCCUUCCUUAAACUAAUUUCUCCAUUUGGCAUCCUCGAAUCUACCCGAACAGGCCUGAUGGCCCUACCACGGUCUCCGCUUUCUGGACCAGAUGCAGAUAUUGAAAAGGAUGCAAGCGAAGUCGUUGACGCUAGUGCUCUUCCUCCCGGUUAA